AAAAUGGCUUUGUUCUGGUACAAUUAUAGGCCAUCGGGGAAGAGAGAUCUGCUAACAUUCCACGCUGCUUGUCCCGUUGUAUUUGGGCAGAAAUGGGUAACCAACAAAUGGAUCUAUCUUCAUGCAAACAUGUUCAAGCGUCGCUGUGGCCUGACUCAGAAGGCAACACAAUUGGACAUAGAUCAGUAUAUGGUCCAUGGAUGGUUUUAG